AUGGCACUCAAUUUGGAGAACCAACUUCGCUUUUACGGCGCAUACCAUCAUGAUCCAGUAAACAUUGCUAUACAUAUCGUGGGAGUACCCAUCAUUCUCUGGACAACUUUCUUAUUGGGUACAAACACACCAGCGAUAGUCAACCUGCCGUCCUCAAUAGCAAUCCCGUACCUUGAGCUUAACGCUGGCACGAUUUUCUGCCUUUGCUAUUGCGCAUUAUACAUCUUACUUGAGCCUGUGGCUGGAACGGGUUUGGCAGCCUUACUUUUGGCGGGAACAGCUUUCGGGAAAUACCUCACAGUCACCCAUGGAAUGGCGGCCAACUUCUGGGCGUCUGCCGGGUUCGUCGCCUCCUGGAUUGCACAAUUCCUUGGUCAUGGAGUUUUUGAGGGCCGAGCACCUGCUCUUCUGGAUAACCUCUUCCAGGCCUUCUUUCUAGCCCCCCUCUUCGUUUGGCUUGAAAUCCUGUUUGCUUUAGGAUACAGGCCAGAAUUGAAGAACCGUGUGGAAAAGAUGGUCCAGCAAGAUAUCGCCAAGUACAGGCAGUCCAGAACGGAGAAGGUCAAUGGCAAGACUAAUGGAGCUGCGCUGGAUGGACAUACGAAACAGUCUUGA